AUGAAUAAAAAAAAUAAAAUAUCUCUUUCAAAAAGAAUACAGUAAGCAACCAGAGAUUAUCUUGCAUAUUUUUAAUUUUUACUGUUGCGAGAAACCUUUGACAUUACUUUAAAGACCAUUUUAUGGUUUCGAUUUCUUUUUAUAAUUAAUACCAUACAAGUUGUUUAAUUAAUUAAUGGUUAGAAUGUGUAAAUAUUUCUAAUUAUAUUAGCUUCAUUUAACAAAUGCUCAGCAAAUAUAGAAUAAAUAUUUUAAUAUAUUUUGGAAACAGUAACUAUUUGAUUUUUGCUUACAUCAUUAUUUUAAGCAUUUUUUUUCAUAUAGCUAUUACUAAAAUUGUCAUCAAAAUGAAAAUUUCAAUUCAUUAAUUUAUUAGUUCCUUUUUUAUUUAAACCAUUUAUUAUGUGUAGUCUAUGCCUAUAAUUUUAAACUCCCUAUAUGCUAUUUUUAAAUAGGAUCAAUAUGGUCAUUUAAUUUUGUUCUUUUUAACUAUUUUAUUGAGUGUAAUGUAUAUAUAGUUUAACUGCUAAACAAAUUUUAUGUAAAUAGAUGGUAGUUUUUCAAGAUAGAUGGAUGAACUUAUCAUAUUCCUCUUUCGAAUUAUUUUAUGUAUAUUAAAGAUUAAAUCGACAAUUAUUGAAUUAUAAUAUUCUAUUUUACUCAUAGAGUCUUUUUGGAUAACUGUAAUAUAACUAAAUAAUACUGAAUUGAAUAGUCAUUUUAUUUUAAAAUUAAGAAUAUUCCUUUUUGUAAUUGGAUUAGCCGGAUUAACGAAAUUUAGUUGGAAUGAAAUAUUUUUAGUUUAUUUGCUUACAUUAAAUGUUAUACUAUCUUUAAAAAAUAGACUUGAGACAAAUAAAUUGAGUGAUGCUAAAAAUUAAACUUAAUUAAAAUUUUUGAUUUCGUAAAUUGUAAAUUAUUACUAAAAAGAUGAAACUAUGAAAGUUUUAAUGAUUUCAAGAUGUAUUUAAUAAAAUUAAAAAUAUUUACAAAAAAAUAAUUCUGAUUAAAUUAAGAUUUAGGAUAGGGUCAUGAUAGAAAAAUAUUUUGAAUAGAAUUUAUAUAAAUUGUAUUUUCUAUUAUUGCAAUAAAAUUAAUCAAAAAUAUCAUUUUUUGAUCUCGUUUUUGUGAAAGCUAAUAUUUAUAUAAUUUAGCAACAAUGUUAGUAAAAAUCUAAAAAUUUAUCACAAGAGAAUAAAUGGCUAAUUCAAAUUUUCGAAUAAUAAGAAACUAACUUCUAAAUUAUUGAAUAAGCUAAUCUUGCUAAAUUAAAUUUUUAUUAAAACUUAAUGAAGAUUAAUUUGAAUGAAUAACACUAUAGCAAAAUGAUUAGAAUCUAAACUUUGAAAUUUUGCUAAAAAAUGAAAUUAUUAAAAAAGGAACUUGAUUCUAAUAUUAAUUUGAAAACAUAGACACUUUAAAAUUCAAAUAUCAGUGAUCUUAACACCAUAUAAACAAUUUAAAAAUAUUAUUAUGUUUUUUAUGGUGAUUAUUAAAAGGUAUAUAUAAACAAUAUUCAAGGCAGUACAAAUAGGACAUAAAGCUAAAGAAUUAUAAGGAUGGGAUCGAAAUUUCAAUUUAAAAUUAUCAAAAAGUAAUUGUACCUUUUUAUUUUAGAUUAAAUCUUUCUUAUUAAAGUAAGUUAUUUAAAAAAAAAAUGGAUUAUUUUAAAUCCAAAAGCAAAAUAUUUAGAAGAAUAUUUUAAAGAUUAGUAUUUAGAAAAUAUUUUAGAUUUAUUCCCAGUAUUUUUAAGAGGUUAUUAUCAAUAAUCAUUAAAUAAUUAUGUAGAAAAUGAAUUUGUAGAGAAAUAUUAGAUAAAGACUUUUUUAUUAAAAAAUAAUUCUAUUAUUUCCUGUAGAAUUUCUUUUUAUCAUGAAAUUGUAGAUAAUGACUUAAUAAUUAAUAAUAUAAUCGAAAUUGAUGAUAAUAAUAAUUAUCUAUUAUUUGAUUAAUUUGGAAAGAUUUUUGGAAUUUCAGAAUUACUCUUCAAUGAGUUAUAGAAUCUUGAUGAAAAUAAUCCCUAAGAAAUAACUUAAUAAGUUUUUUUAGAAAAAGCAAUGGUAUAAUUUUAUAUUCCAGAAAUUGAAUAUUAAGUUCUUUAGCUUACUUCAUUUUAAUAAUAUAAUUAGGUUGAAUUUUCAUCUUAUUUUGCAAAGAACCUUAACUAUGAGGAUUGUCUAUAGUUGAGAAUAAAUUUCAAUAUCAAAGAAGAAUCUCAUCAGUAAAAUAAAGUCAAGCAAUCAACCUCUCCAAAAUUAAUUUUCAAUGAAACUUAAAACAAAAUGAAAAAUAAAAUACAAUUGUUAAAUCCAAGAUUUUCCAUGCAGUUUGAAAUAAUUCAGCAGCAAUUAAAUUAAUUAUAAAAUUUGUCAUCUCAUAAAUUUGAAUUAGAAUAUAUUGAAUUGGAUAAUUUUGAUUAUUAUUAUUUUAUACUACAUUUUUCUGAUUUUUAGAAUCAUUUGGAAGAUUAGGAUCAAAGUUUAAAAUUAGAAACAAAAUCAAUAAAAAAGAGCAAUGUUAUGGAUGAUUAAAUAAGUAAUUCAAUUGUUGAAUAAAUAAUAGAGAAAAAGGAAAUAUCAAGAAAUUUAAAAUUGUAAAUAAUUUUGAUGAUAAUACUAACAAUUUAUGUAGUUUGUACUAUUUUUAUAAAUAAGCAAUAAGGAUAUAAUGAAAUAAAAUCAUAUUAGUCAUCAAUUAAUUUUUUAAUUAAUCCUUAAGCUCUUACAUUUUCUUAUGCAGGAACAUUUCUCUUAUAAUGGAAUAGAUAUUGUGCAUCAAAUGGAUUAUAUAAUCUAACAUAAUAUAUUGAAUUUUAAAGGCAAUAAAAAUUAAAUUAUGCUUUUACCUUAUGGAAAGGCAUACAUAUUAAUUAUACAUUAAAUCUUAGCAAAAGAAGCCGAGAUUUAGGAAUGGAAAUGGUUGAUGUAAUUGAAUAUGACAAAAAUAAUCAUAAAAUAAUUACAUAAAUGGAUUAUUAUUCAUUUUAUACUAUAACUAGAGAGAAAAUGGUUAGAGUAUAAAAGAAUACAAAUUAUUCAAAUAUUUCAACUCAUGAUUAUUCAAUAUUUAAAGCUAAUGGAUUUUUGAGAUAAAAUAUUAUGACCAUUUUUAAAUUUCAUGAUAUUGUAAUUGAUGAUGAGAUUGAGUAUCUCAAACUAAAGGUAGAGUUUUCUCAAACUAAUUUUUAUUUGAUAGAGAUUAUUUAGAUAUGUUUUGCAGUUACAUUCAUAAUAGCCCUUAUAUUUUUUAUUUAUGGAUAAGUCAAAUUAAAAAAUCAGAUAUUUACUUUAUUAUCCAUAAUUGAAAUUAAUUCAAUAAAAACAUAGAUUUCAUAAACUAAAAUAUUUUGUUCAAACACUAAUUCAUCUUUAAAAUCUAUGGUAAAUCUGAUAAAUAAUGAUUAAGUAUCGAAUGAAAAUCCUCAAUAAAAUAAAAAUACUCAUACAAUUUAAAGAUUAUAAAAUAUAAAAUUUACUUCUAAACUUCGAUUAUUUAUACCUUUUUUAUUUAUAAUUUGUUAUGGUUCAGAAAUGAUUGGAGCAUAUUAUUAUAGAGCAUUUUACUAUGACAAUUAUAAGAAUUCUUUAUUGAUGACUAUGAAUUACAUAAAAUUUAAGAAGUUAUUCGAUAGUUCAAUCUUACUUGGAGAAUUAAUAAAAACUGAGCAUCUAAUCCCAUCAAAUCCAUACUAAUUAAUAAAUUAAACUGAAACUAUAGAAUAAUAUUUGAUAUAUGUUGACAAUUCAACAAACCUGUUUAAUACAAUUCUUGAUGACUUAGUUGUAUCAGAUUAUUUUAAUUAAACAAUGAAAAAUUUAAUAUUAAAUGCAUUUAGAAAAGAUUUAUGUUUGAAUUUUUAAAGGUUUUUAAUUUUUUGUAAUACAUCUUAAAUAAAAUUACCUUAUAAACCUAGUGAUUCUUAUCUACCUAUUACAUAAGAUGGCAUAGGAGGAGUAAUGUAAAAUUAUAAAAAAAUGGUUUAAUAAGAAUAUAAUACAGAAAGACAAACUUUAAAAUAUUCAAAAAAUAAUGCUUAAUUUAUCAACUCAUAGAUUCACUAAAAUUUCUUUGUACAAUAUGCUUAAGAUAUUUAAUCAUGUUUGUUUACUUGUUUUAGUUACUUUACAAAUGAAAGUAUUUAUUUAAGUGCUCUAUUUAUUUAAGCUAUGUCAGAUUACUUUGACUUAACUGGAAUUAUGUAAUUAUUUAUUUUUAAAUUAGUAUUUUACUAUUGUAUAUUAUAUUCGCAGUUUAUUAGAUCAUCUACGAAUAUUAUCAAAUACAUUUAAUCAAAUUUGUUUUAAUCUUAAUUGAACCGAAAAUAGUGUAGAAAAAAGGAAUACAUCAAAUUUUAAUGAGAAUUAUGAAUUAAAUAUGA